AUGGCAGAAAACGACGGAGAAGUUUCAGAAUUGCAGCAGCUACUCGAUAGACAUAAAUUAGAAAGGAAAGAACUGCAAGCUAAAACACAGAAGCUGAAACAUGCUGUUCCUAAAGGUGACAAGAAAAAGAAAAAAUUCGUUUCAGCUGAAGUAGCACAGCUGGAAUUGGAAUUGACUCAGCGUCACGAAGCUGAAUUAAAAGCUCUGAAAGCACAAUCCCCAGACACUCAAGAUGAAAAUAAUUUGGAGAUUUCAAAUUCUAAUGAAAAGAAUGAAAAGAAUACUUCUACUGCAAGGAUAUCAAGGGCUGAAAAGAGGCGUGAAAAGCAAGCAGCUAAAGAACGUGAGCGGCAGCAGAGAAUUACUGAAGCUGAAGCAGAAAAUAUUAAUUCUGAUCGAAAUUUAGAAAUUCGAAAGUUUCAAGAUAUACAAAACAAAUAUAAAUUGAUAAUGUUUGAGGUACCCCCUGAUGGAAAUUGUUUAUAUUAUGCUAUUUCCGACCAACUCGAUACUCGCUUAGGAACUAAGGCAACAGUUAGCGAUCUUCGACAACAAACAGCUGACUAUAUGGUAGCCCAUGAAAGCGAAUUUGUACCUUUUAUAGCUUUGGAUGGAAAUGAUAGCUCUCUUGCAUCUGAAGAGUUUAAAUCCUAUUGCCAAAAUAUCACUGAAACAGCAAAGUGGGGUGGUCAAUUAGAAAUCCUUGCAUUGUCUAAUGUUUACAACGUACCCGUGGAUAUAUAUCAGGCCAAUGGAUCCAUCAUAAACAUUGGAGAGCAGUACGAUGUAGAAAAUAAGAUAAGAUUAUCUUUUCAUCAAUAUCAGUAUGCCCUCGGUAACCAUUAUAAUUCGUUAAGACCGGUUCAUGAUACAGAUACGCAAUGA